AUGUCAGACAACAUACCAUUCGAAAUCCAAGCGGAAAUCAUGAAAAAGCUUCCUGCAAAAUUGUUGGUUCAAUUCAGAACUGUCUCCAAAGCAUGGAAGUCUCUGAUCGAUACCUCUCAAUUUAUUGUUGAGUAUAGCGGUCGACACACACAGGAGCAUCUACUUGUAAGGUAUAGUCAUAAAUUUGAGCAAAAAUAUGUUUCAAUUGUUGAUGAUCAUACUUUCCCUGAACAAAAAGUUUCCCCCACCAUUCCUCCACCGGUGAACAUGCUUAAUUAUGCUAGCAUAAUCGGCAUCUCUCACGGCUUGUUGUGUUUAUACUAUAAUUAUCAAGAGGGCCUUGGUGGUCCCUACUCUAUAACGAACAUGGCUUUUCUUUGGAAUCUUUCAAUUGGAAAGGUUGUUGCUGUUGCUGUGCCUAAUGUGGGAUGUGGUAUGUAUGAAACAGUUCUAGGUUUUGGGGUUUGUCGUGAGACUAUUGAGCCUAAGAUUGUCAAGGUUACUCAUAUUAAAAGGUUUAGCGAUAUGGAAAGUAUAAGUUGCAUCCCUUGGCAAGUUGAGAUUUUUACAUUAAACACAGGGGCUUGGAGAACUCCAUAUAGCACCAAUCUCCCUUUUAAUAAGUCAAUUGAAUUUAACUAUUUUACAGUAACUGUAGAUGGGUUUAUCUAUUGGCUUGUUAUUGAAAGAAAUACCAUGGAUAGUGUGUUCAGUUCUUGUAAUUUGAUUAUUUCAUUCGAUAUGACAAGUGAAGAGUUUAGAGAAGUAAACCUUCCCGAUAGUAUAGCCCACCAGUUUUAUAUUAAUCUGUCUAUGUCUAAACGAAACGAGUCCCUUGUUGUGCUGGAAUUCGGUGGAGACCCGAAUCAACUAGUUUACUAUGUAUGGAUGAUGGAGGAUGGUGUUUCAAAUUUUUUUACAAAGCUAUUCACUAUUGAUUUUCAAACACCAGAUGGAUUCGGAUGUUUAGUAAGGGGAUUCAGGAAGACAGGUGAACCCAUAGUUGAAAGCUUACAAAAUCAGAAUGACUCCAAUGGACAACUUGCUGUUUAUGAACCCUACUCAAAGUCCCUCAAUAAUCUUGGGAUUAAUGGAAUGGGUUGUUCAUGUUUUGUGUAUCCCUACAUGGAAACACUUCUUCUUCUUGAUCAACCAAAUUUUAUUACUUUUGACAAAGGUAAACGCUACAUUCAAAGUGAAGAGGUGAGACAUAAGGCUUUUGAAGCAUACAUGCAAGGUACAUAUAUUAUCUUAUUCAUUUUGUUUAAGGCUGGAUCUAUUUGGACACCCUCUGCGCCUAUUUUCACACUUUUUGUGCCCUAG